UUUCUGCUGCCUUCGCACCCAAGUCGUCGUCGUCGUCGUCUACUACUACUACUGCUGCUAGUCUUCAUUCCUCCAUUCUAGCCUCCUAUUAGUAUUAUUAGCACCCCAAGUCCGACCCCUAGUCACCGUCUACUCAGGCUCCCCAACCAUGGCGACGGCGGCGGCGGAGGUCCCAGUGUCAGCGCCGGUGAGGACAGUGAAGGUCACCAAUGUCUCACUUAGUGCAACUGUACAAGACAUUAAGGAGUUCUUUUCCUUUUCAGGAGAUAUUGAACAUGUGGAGAUGCAAAGUGGUGAUGAGUGGUCUCAAGUUGCAUAUGUGACUUUCAAAGAUGCACAAGGUGCAGAGACUGCAUUUCUCCUUUCGGGUGCCACAAUAGUUGAUCUUUCUGUCAUCAUUGCACCUGCUCCAGAAUAUCAGCCACCCCCUACUGCCUCUGCUCCACCAAUGAGUGGAACCAGAGUUCCAGUUGGUGGAGACAACAACGUUGUCCACAAGGCUGAGGAUGUCGUCAGCACUAUGCUUGCUAAGGGUUUUGUCCUAGGCAAAGACGCGGUUGGCAAGGCCAAAGCUUUCGACGAGAAGCACGGCUUCACAUCCACAGCUGGUGCCAAGGUGGCCUCCAUUGACAAGAAAAUCGGCCUGAGCGAGAAGAUCACCACAGGCACUUCCAUGGUGAGUGAGAAGGUGAAGGAGAUGGACCAGAAGUUCCAGGUCUCUGACAAGACCAAGUCUGCUUUCGCUGCUGCCGAGCAGAAGGUGAGCAGCGCUGGAUCGGCCAUCAUGAAGAACAGGUACGUCUUCACCGGCGCAUCGUGGGUCACCAACGCGUUCAACAAAGUUGCCAAGGCCGCCACGGAUGUUGGGACAAUGACCAAGGAGAAGAUGGCUGCUGAGGAGCAGCACAAGACUUCAGGGCCUUCUUCUGGGGGGCACUCGUAUACGCCCAUUCAAUGAUUCUUUGGCUUUGGUCUUAUGUGCCUCCCUCGGCGUGUUGUAUUAUUGGUGGAUGUAAAACAUAGAUACAGAACAGAUCAGGCCUCCUGCCAUAUGUUCAUCGUUCCAUGUGUUAAAUUUCGCACUGCAGGAAUUUUUGUUUUCGUAGACCAGGAAAGUAUGGUGAUACCAAUGCAUUUAGCUUAUAUGAAUCCAUGUUCAGGCUGGUUCUGGUUGAGAUUCAAAUGAACUUGUGAUGAACUGGUGGGAAUAAUAAUACGGUGGUGGUGUUUCCAGAAAGUUGGGUCAA